AAUGGAGCAGUUUGCACCACUGUCGAUGGUCAUUCGUUGUGGGGUUGCAGUCGUUAAAAUUGAUGGACCUGGCAAGUAUUAUAUCACAUAUGCGAUAACAUGUAUUUGUUACAUGUAUUUCACGCUAUUAAUGAUCGAAUUUCCUCUAAAGGAGAACGUACUGAAUGGUGCAGUAAUAGAGGCAUUUGGUAAAUUGAUGGAAGAUGUGCAAAAUCGUGGUGAUAUCAACGCCAUAUUGGUAAUGUCAGCUAAACACAAUAGUUUUAUUGCGGGCGCUGAUGUUGAAAUGCUAAAAAAUGCUAAGUCCGUUCAAGAAGCUACCGAAAUGUCUCAAAAUGGUCAAAGGAAAUUUCAACAACUCGAAGACAGUCAAAUUCCGAUUGUGGCCGCAAUAAUGGGAUCUUGCAUGGGCGGAGGGCUGGAGUUGGCUUUAGCAUGUCAUUAUCGUAUCGCAGUGAGAAGCGAUCGAACUGCGUUUUCGUUUCCCGAAGUACGUCUUGGUCUUUUACCUGGUGCAGGCGGUACGCAAAGGCUGCCGAGAAUUGUCGCGUUACCAACUGCUCUUGACAUGAUGCUCAGCGGACGUUCGAUUGAUGCGCAAAAGGCGAAGCAAUUCGGCAUUGUUGACGUUCUACUUGAUCCUGUUCUCAACGAAGACGGUGAAGUGGAUGGUGCAAAAUCAUUAUGUUAUCUUGAACAGAUUGGAGUGCAGGCAGCACUUCGAUUGGCGACAAAAACACUGAAAGUUGAUCGUUGUGCAUCAUUAUGGCAAACUGCUUAUCAGUGGAUAAUGUCAUCGUCAAUCGUUUGGAAUCGUUUCAUAAAACCUUCCACAAUCUCAAUGAUUUAUAGCAAGGGUGGUAACCAUUAUCCAGCAACGUACGCUAUUUUGAAAUGCAUCGAAGAUGGUGUCUUUCGAGGACCGUCGAUUGGUUAUGCCACUGAAGCUGAGGUGAACGAUGCGAUUUAA